CCCAGGACACUGCUUCUGGACAGGGAGUGGUGACGGGUCAGCCGGGCCCCAGAGGAGAAGCAGCAGCCCAACCAGGAGCCUGGAAGGAGCACAGAGCAAUGGCAGCCCGAAGAAAAGGCCAGUACAGCCUGUGGAAGUCCUCUCUGGACAGCAUGCCCCAAUUAAUGGAUUCUGACAUGGAUUAUGAAAGGCCAAACGUAGAGACCAUCAAGUGCGUGGUGGUGGGGGACAACGCCGUGGGCAAGACCAGGCUCAUUUGUGCCCGCGCCUGCAAUGCCACCCUCACCCAGUACCAGCUGCUCGCCACCCACGUGCCCACGGUUUGGGCCAUCGACCAGUAUCGGGUGUGCCAGGAGGUGCUGGAACGUUCCCGAGACGUAGUAGAUGAUGUCAGCGUGUCCCUCCGCCUCUGGGACACCUUCGGAGAUCACCACAAAGACCGUCGCUUUGCUUAUGGGAGAUCUGAUGUGGUGGUUCUGUGCUUCUCCAUUGCCAACCCCAACUCCCUCCACCAUGUCAAGACCAUGUGGUACCCAGAAAUCAAGCACUUCUGCCCCCGAGCACCUGUCAUCUUGGUGGGUUGCCAGCUGGACCUGCGUUAUGCUGACCUGGAGGCUGUCAAUAGGGCCAGGAGACCCUUGGCUAGGCCCAUCAAGCCCAAUGAAAUCCUUCCCCCAGAGAAGGGUCGGGAAGUGGCCAAGGAGCUGGGCAUCCCCUACUAUGAGACCAGUGUGGUGGCCCAGUUUGGCAUCAAGGACGUCUUUGACAACGCCAUCCGGGCAGCGCUCAUUUCCCGCCGGCACCUGCAGUUCUGGAAGUCCCACCUCCGCAACGUGCAGCGGCCUCUGCUGCAGGCGCCCUUCCUGCCCCCCAAGCCACCUCCCCCCAUCAUCGUGGUGCCCGACCCCCCCUCCAGCAGCGAAGAGUGCCCCGCCCACCUCCUGGAGGACCCGCUGUGUGCGGAUGUCAUCCUGGUGCUGCAGGAACGGGUGCGCAUCUUUGCCCACAAGAUCUACCUCUCCACCUCCUCCUCCAAGUUCUAUGACCUGUUCCUCAUGGACCUGAGUGAGGGGGAGCUGGGGGGCCCCUCGGGGUCAGGGGGCCCCCACCCGGAGGACCACCGGGGUCACCCUGAUCACCACCACCACCACCACCACCACCACCACGGCCGGGACUUCCUGCUCCGGGCAGCCAGCUUUGACGUGUGCGAGAGUGUGGAGGAGGGUGGGGGCUCUGGUCCCGCUGGGCUGCGGGCCUCGACCAGCGAUGGGAUCUUACGGGGCAACGGGACAGGGUACCUGCCCGGGAGGGGUCGAGUGCUAUCUUCCUGGAGCCGAGCUUUUGUGAGCAUCCAGGAAGAGAUGGCAGAAGAUCCACUGACUUACAAACCCCGGCUGAUGGUGGUGGUGAAAAUGGACAACUCCAUCCAACCGGGGCCCUUCCGGGCUGUUCUCAAGUACCUGUACACAGGGGAGUUGGACGAGAAUGAGCGGGACCUCAUGCACAUUGCCCACAUUGCUGAGCUGCUCGAGGUCUUCGAUCUGCGCAUGAUGGUGGCCAACAUUCUCAACAACGAGGCCUUCAUGAACCAGGAAAUCACCAAGGCCUUCCAUGUCCGCCGGACCAACCGGGUUAAGGAGUGCUUGGCAAAAGGCACCUUCUCAGAUGUGACCUUCAUCCUGGAUGAUGGCACCAUCAGCGCCCACAAGCCCCUGUUGAUUUCCAGCUGUGACUGGAUGGCUGCCAUGUUUGGGGGGCCAUUUGUGGAGAGUUCCACCAGGGAGGUGGUGUUUCCUUACACGAGCAAGAGCUGCAUGAGGGCAGUGCUGGAGUACCUCUACACGGGCAUGUUCACGUCCAGUCCCGACCUGGACGACAUGAAGCUCAUCAUCCUGGCCAACCGCCUCUGCCUGCCCCACCUGGUUGCCCUCACAGAACAGUACACCGUGACCGGGCUGAUGGAAGCGACUCAGAUGAUGGUGGACAUCGAUGGGGACGUCCUUGUGUUCCUGGAACUGGCUCAGUUCCACUGUGCGUACCAGCUGGCCGACUGGUGUCUCCAUCACAUCUGUACCAACUAUAACAACGUGUGUCGCAAGUUCCCCCGAGACAUGAAGGCCAUGUCCCCAGAAAACCAGGAGUAUUUUGAGAAGCACCGCUGGCCGCCCGUCUGGUACCUGAAGGAGGAAGAUCACUACCAGCGGGCCCGGAAGGAGCGUGAGAAGGAGGACUAUCUCCACCUGAAACGGCAGCCCAAGCGGCGCUGGCUGUUCUGGACCAGUCCCUCCUCACCGUCCUCUUCAGCUGCGUCCUCUUCGUCCCCAUCUUCCUCCUCGGCUGUGGUCUGAGAUGCUGCCGCCCUCUUCUGACCCUGCUGCUCUCGUCCCCACUUGUCCUUGCCCCUCUGCUCCUCUGCAUCGCCCCCUCCACCUUCCAGGGACAAAGGACUCACAUAACCAGGACCCCCCUGGGCAGAGCUGCUCUCACCAGCCAACACAGCUCAGCAAAGAGAGGAAGGAGCCAGGCCGCGUGGAUCAGAACAGGGACCCCCCCCCCCACCACCACCUCUGCUGAGGUCCGGCUUCCAGAAACCGAGGCAGGAGAUGACUCUUGGGAGGUGGGGAACAGGAGAAGAGCUGAGGGCUGUGGCACCUUGUCUCUGGGUCAGAGAACCCUAGAGUCAGAGGGAGAACUCCCCCAGCCGCGAGGCUGCGUGUCUUGGGUCCACGGAGGCAGCUCCCUCCCUGGGAGUGGUGGUGCCCAGGAAGGGCCCUUUCUCUGGGGGCCGUGUGUUUCCAUCCACGGACUUGGGGGGUUGCAGAUGUUUUGUGGGCAUUUUCACGUGGAGCCUACUCAAUUCCUCACUGGAGAAGUCAGGGUAGCAAUUAAGCCUUUAGAGCCCAACUCGAGACUUCCACACCUGGGGUGCAGCUGCCAGAGGCCAUGGGUGGAAGGCUUGCCCUCUGCGGGCACCCCUGCCAUGGCUGUGGGCAUCCAGGCCUGAGAAGGGUGGCAGAGAUUGUUCAGAGCUGCAGGUCUAGAAGCAGUGCCUCUUGGUGCAGUGAGAGACUUUUCUCUCCCUCCUCCUUCACUGCUCAGAUUUCCAGAUAGAAACCAAACAAAACAGCUGGAACUGGGGGAGAGAAGGAGGUGGGGGAUGGGGGCCUGGGCGCAGCAAUCCCGUACUCCUCUGGGCCUCCCCCCCCCCACCUCUGGUCAGCACAGCUUCUUAUGGGAUAGGGCAAAAUUAGCAAAAAAAAAAAAAAUACCCUAACAACACAAA